UGCAGCCAUGAAAUUGACUACCGUAUAGCGCGAAAUUUUCGAGGCACUUAUAUUUCGUGGAUUGGCCUCUAAAAGCCAUUUCGUUGCACAAUGUUCGCGGAAUGACUGUUUACCGGAAGCCACGCCUUUAAAUAUUUGCAUGUAGCAGGUAAUUCUUAUUAACGAACACUUUUCGUGGACUUAAUUUUCGUGUAGAAUUCCAACCCACGAAAUCCGCGAAAAUUAAGCCCCUCGAAAAUUUCGCGCUAUACGGUAUUAUAUUGCUGGUGCUUGCAGGAGCACUGCAAACCCAUGGAAGGUUUGCUCAUAUUACUGAAACUGACGACAACGAUCCCGACAGAACUGCCAUCAUCGAGGCACUACUGAGCAAAAAAAUAGCCCGCAUUGCUGCACCAUCUCCACCCAAAGCUCCCAAACCAGGACCAAAGCCAUCUCCUCGUGACCCCCCACCCUUCAGGCUCAACCAAACUGCUAUCAUCGAGGCAUUACUGAGCAGAGAAGUAGCUCAUAUGGCCCAACCAGGUCCUCAGCCAUCCCCUCCUGACCCCCCACCCUUCACGCUCAACCAAACUGCCAUCAUCGAGGCAUUACUGAGCAGAGAAAUAGCUCAUAUGGCCCAACCAGGUCCUCAGCCAUCCCCUCCUGACCCCCCACCCUUCACGCUCAACCGAACUGCCAUCAUCGAGGCAUUACUGAGCAGAGAAAUAGCUCAUAUGGCCCAACCAGGUCCUCAGCCAUCCCCUCCUGACCCCCCACCCUUCACGCUCAACCGAACUGCCAUCAUCGAGGCAUUACUGAGCAGAGAAAUAGCUCAUAUGGCCCAACCAGGUCCUCAGCCAUCCCCUCCUGACCCCCCACCCUUCACGCUCAACCGAACUGCCAUCAUCGAGGCAUUACUGAGCAGAGAAGUAGCUCAUAUGGCCCAACCAGGUCCUCAGCCAUCCCCUCCUGACCCCCCACCCUUCACGCUCAACCGAACUGCCAUCAUCGAGGCAUUACUGAGCAGAGAAGUAGCUCAUAUGGCCCAACCAGGUCCUCAGCCAUCCCCUCCUGACCCCCCACCCUUCACGCUCAACCGAACUGCCAUCAUCGAGGCAUUACUGAGCAGAGAAGUAGCUCAUAUGGCCCAACCAGGUCCUCAGCCAUCCCCUCCUGACCCCCCACCCUUCAGGCUCAACCGAACUGCUAUCAUCGAGGCAUUACUGAGCAGAGAAAUAGCUCAUAUGGCCCAACCAGGUCCUCAGCCAUCCCCUCCUGACCCCCCACCCUUCACGCUCAACCGAACUGCCAUCAUCGAGGCAUUACUGAGCAGAGAAGUAGCUCAUAUGGCCCAACCAGGUCCUCAGCCAUCCCCUCCUGACCCCCCACCCUUCACGCUCAACCAAACUGCCAUCAUCGAGGCAUUACUGAGCAGAGAAGUAGCUCAUAUGGCCCAACCAGGUCCUCAGCCAUCCCCUCCUGACCCCCCACCCUUCACGCUCAACCAAACUGCCAUCAUCGAGGCAUUACUGAGCAGAAAAGUAGCUCAUAUGGCCCAACCAGGUCCUCAGCCAUCCCCUCCUGACCCCCCACCCUUCAGGCUCAACCAAACUUCCAUCAUCGAGGCACUACUGAGCAGAGAAUUACUGGAAAAAAAGUGAAGUGGAACAAUGUACUAACUGAAAUUUUGUGUAUGAUGAAAAAAAAUUUUUUUGCUGAAGAAAGUAUAUACUAUAAUUAUUAUGAGCAUGCGCAGAAUAUCAGGCGCGGGCACAUGAGCCUCUAUAAGUAGCCGCACAUCAUUUACCGUAUAUCUUCUAAUUUAUCGGACAGCAAAAAAUAAUUAUUUUGGAAAUUGUCCGGGUAUAAUUGGAACAGACUUUUAUAGAGCAUGCGAAGUGUCCGGAAUAAUUAGAACAAGCAAGCAGCUGCAUGCGAGCUAGAACAGGGUACGACUGAAUAGUUGCACUAGCUAUCUAAAACUAGCUACUCAAAGGCUAUCUAACUGCAGCACUCUAAGUCUUACUUGCCGUCUAUGAAUGGUAGCUCAACUUUUCAAGGUAUUGUCCGGAUAUUUAGAACAAAUGUAAUAUUAAAGUACUGGAGUGUCCGUUGUAUUAGAACAACGAAAAUUGCCCAAAAGAGUGUCCGGGUAAUUAGAAGUGUCCGAUAAAUUAGAAGAUAUACGGUAUACAUCUUCCCAGGCCGAGUUUUCUCUAAGCCUACUGUAUACAGAAUAUUUUAGAGAAAAAUCGGCAUAGACAACAAUAAACACUUGGUGUUGUAACUGCAACUAAAGCUUUAUUAUGCAAAGUUGACCAACAUCAUAGAUGUAUUAUAAGGUCUGACAAAAACAACAACACAUUCAAUAAACAGUUUAUUGCAGAGCUUUUGCUAAGAGUCUCCUGAACCAGCUAUAGUUAGCUACAUCUUCUGACUGUUCCUGCACUACACUAUCCAAUGCAGCCUUGACAACUGCCUCCUCUAACAACAACCCCGGCUCUUGCUGCUCUUGAAACACUGCUGGAAUAUGAUCCAUUGGUCUUGGCGUUGGACGAUCUGAUUUAGGAGUGAAAAAGUUCUUAACUUUUGUUCCAAAGUCUCGGAAUGAUUGGCCAAUGUCUUCCAAUGCACUUUCAAUCUCAGCUAGUUCUUGCUUAUUCUCCACCAACUUGUCAACAGUUAUCUUUCUUAUUCUCUCUGACUGUGCUUGUAACACACAUAAAGUUAAAAGUACAGACAGCCAUGCUAUCCUUAGAGUUAGCCACAUCUUGCAUGGAGGAGCUCUUCCUUCUCUCUGUUGCCUUCUUUACUAGUGCUUCAGAGAAGCCAGUCUACAGUGGUAGGGUACAGCCCUGCAGAGAGUUAUAGAGGAAACAAGUAGUGGGGGAGGAAGUACACAUGUGUGCAUGUGUCACAAUGGCAUGUAGUGGGUGAUGUGUUGGUCAGAUCUACUGGGUUGAUUUCCCACAUGUGUUGACUGUGCCCUGUGGCAAUGGUGUACAGCACCUAAUCAGCCAUUGCCAGCAUGGAAUUACAGUUGCUAGAGAGAGUUGCAUAGUCUCAUGGAGUGCAUGAUGAUAGAGAGAGGUGGCGGUUGAACACAUACUCAGCUACAUGUGUGGUUUCACUAUCGAUUCAUGGGAUACCUUUCAACAAGGUAGUGAAGAUUCAUACAUCAUGUUGUAACAAAAACAUGCACUAUAGCAGAUGUAAUUUACAACACUUAAACAUAGCUGAUAAUCAAUCAACAGCAAAAAUGAAAAAUAAACAAUAAAUUUGACACCAUGCAUAAAAAUUCCCCAACAAAUAUAGCGAGAGGUGAUAGUUGACACACUGAGCUGUGUGGUUUCACUCUUGAUUCAAGAGAUACCUUUUCAAAUGUAGUGAAGAUUCGUGCAUCAUGUAAUCGUUGCAAUAAAAACAUGCACUAGCAAAUGUAACACUUCACAAAAUGAAAGUAAACUGAGACUCCUGUAGAAAACACAUAGCUGACAUUCAUACUAAUAAUUACGUUUAUUUAAGCAGCAAAUAAAUCUGACACCAUAGCAACUUACGCAGCUGUAUAAAAAUGCCCAACGCUGAGACUUUCCACCAGUUGCUUCGACUGUCAACUUUUCCCAGCUUUGACUGUCAAAUAAAAUCGCAAUGAAGACUCUUCUUACUGUUGCAGUUUGUGCUGUGUUGGUGGCUAUUGCUUACAGCUCUCCAACGGUAUCCAAGAAGAUGGACAUCAACGCCAUUGUUGAGAAUGCUUUGGAGCAAGCAUUACUGUUGGACAGUGCUAUUCAGAGUGAAGAAGAAGAAGACACUCGUGAUCAGACUCAAGACGUUUUUGCAGUCAAACAAUACAACAAUGCUGAGUUGCAAGGCUGGCUUAAGAAGAUUUUCAAAAAAGCUAAAAAAUUUGUAAAAAAGGCCGUCAAAGUGGGCAAGAAAGUGUACAACUUGUAUCAGAAGGGGAAAGGCUGUGCCGAGGUUGAGGACAUGCCAGAGGCGCUGGAGGAGGCAGCCAUUGAAGUUUUUAUGACUCAUGAGAAGAAGUCAAUGCUACAGUCGAUGCAAGCCAAGGUUGCUCAGACAGACGAGGAAGAUGGUGGCGACGAACUGUCCGCUGAGCUGCAAAAAUUCUUUGCAAGUCAACAGACACAAGCUACCACCAGCUGGUUCAAGAAUUUGAUCAGAAGGGGAAUCGAUUUCGGCAAAAAAGUCUACAAAGGCUAUAAAAGAAUGAAGAAUGGAGACACAUGUGCCCCUCAAAGCAAGUGUGUGCAGGUGCAGGACUUGUCUGAGCAGCUGGAGGAUGCUGUAGCUGAGGCUAUGAUGAUCGAGGAUGAUUCGGACACACUCAAUGAGGCAGCUUUUCUCCAACUCCUGGAGGAGUAAAAGAGAAUUAACAGACUAAUAUAGACUAAGUUAGAAUGAACAAGAACUUGAAUUAGAAUUAGACUAUAAUUGUAUGCAUAGAAUGAUGACAACAUUUUUCUAGUAAUCAUGGAAUACUUCCUAUUGGUCUUUUGCUCAGUAAAUUGAGCUAUUGUGCUGCUCAA